GGCAGCCUGGGGCACGCAGCGACAGAGGGACAGACAGAGAGGCGCGGUGAGCAUGGCGAUUCCCUGCGUGGAGCUGAGCAACAAGAUGAAGAUGCCCGCUCUGGGACUGGGCACUUGGCAGGCUCCUCCAGAAAAGGUGGAAGAGGUGGUGAAGUUUGCUAUCGAUUCUGGCUAUCGCCACUUUGACUGUGCCUAUUUCUAUCAGAAUGAAAAUGAAAUAGGGAAUGCGGUCAAGCAGAAGAUCAAGGAGGGGGCAGUGAAACGGGAAGACCUCUUCAUUGUCACUAAGUUGUGGAACACCUUUCAUGAGAAGUCCUUGGUUAAAGUGGCUUGCAAGAAGAGCCUUGCUGCCCUGCAACUGGACUACCUUGACCUCUACCUGAUGCACUACCCUAUGGGAUUCAAGGCUGGUGAAGAGCUGCAUCCUCUGGAUGACAAUGGUAUGAGUAUCCCCAGUGAUACAGAUUUUCUUGACACGUGGGAGGCCAUGGAAGAACUGGUGGACUGUGGUCUGGUGAAAGCCAUUGGUGUCUCCAACUUUAACCAUGAGCAGAUUGAAAGACUUUUGAACAAACCAGGACUGAAACACAAGCCCGUAAUGAACCAGAUUGAAUGCCAUCCAUACCUAACCCAGGAAAAGUUGAUCAAGUACUGUAAAUCCAAAGGGAUUGCUGUGACUGCCUACAGCCCCCUUGGUUCUCCCAACCGCCCAUGGGCUAAGCCAGGGGAGCCUGUGCUGCUGGAGGAUCCCAAGAUUAAAGAGAUUGCAGCUAGACAUCAUAAAAGCCCUGCCCAGGUUCUGAUCCGCUUUCUUAUCCAAAGAGACCUCAUUGUCAUUCCUAAGUCUGACAAACCGCAGCGUGUUCAGGAAAACAUGAAGGUGUUUGACUUUGAACUGUCCAAAAAGGAGAUGGAUGUCAUCCUCAGCUUUAACAGGAACUGGAGGGCAGUUCCAGUGUUGCCAGCUGUCAAUCACAAGGACUACCCAUUUAAAGCAGAAUAUUAAAUGCAAGCGGUUUCUGCAAGACCUCCAUUUAAGUACUUCCAGAUCAGAAGAUUCACUCUGUAGCUUGGUUUGAUUUCUUUUUCUGUACUUGACAAUAAUUAUGAACAAUUCCUUUUCCUCCUUUUCUAGGAGGAGAUCACCAGUUGAUGUAAGAAUGCAUCAAUAGGGCUGGGGUUUUUUUAACAAUGGUUAUCAGAAAGCUUGUUUUGAUUAUUAGUAGAAAGACAAUGUAUUUUGUUUCCUUUUUUCCUUGUCUUCCUCAGUUAGAGACAUGUCUAACAAAAAAAUCUGGUUACUUACCUGAUUUUUUUAUAUUUCUGGUGUGGUCAGUCAUACUGGCUCGAGUCACCGUCGAGGAAUGCUCUAAUCACUUUGCUUUUUAUAUUGUUGUGAUUUUUAUAGAAUAUAUUUCUAAUACUUAAAAUUUUAUAUGAAUAAAGUUUAUUAACAACAAAAGUU